AGACCUGAAGGGCGGCCAUUUUGCUUUGCUUCCGCCCGUUAGUGACAACUGCAAUCCCCUGAAAAUCGUCGUCAUCGUUCGGUCUAUUUCUUAAUUUUCUCGUUAUCUCAAAUCGAUAAAGUCCUUUUUUUCACUCUUUGCCAACAUUUUGGCUUCAAAAACACUAUUUAGAGGAGGCGGCCGUGAUCAGCAGACUCAGGAUUUGAAAGAAGUUAUUAUUUAUCUAGGAUUACUCGAAGGAUACUACAAUGGGGACGAAAGAUGACGAAUAUGACUAUCUUUUCAAAGUUGUUCUAAUAGGAGACUCUGGGGUUGGAAAGUCAAAUCUUCUCUCAAGGUUCACAAGAAACGAAUUUAAUUUGGAGUCAAAGUCGACCAUUGGUGUAGAAUUUGCUACCAGAAGCAUUCAAGUGGAUGGAAAAACUAUAAAAGCCCAAAUCUGGGACACUGCUGGACAAGAAAGAUACAGAGCCAUAACAAGCGCGUAUUACAGAGGAGCUGUAGGUGCCCUUUUGGUGUAUGAUAUUGCGAAGCACUUGACCUAUGAAAAUGUGGAAAGGUGGCUGAAAGAACUACGGGAUCAUGCUGACAGUAAUAUUGUUAUAAUGCUAGUGGGAAACAAGAGCGAUCUUCGUCAUCUUCGUGCAGUCCCUACUGAUGAGGCAAAAGCCUUUGCAGAGAAAAAUAGUCUUUCAUUUAUCGAGACAUCAGCUCUUGACUCAACAAAUGUAGAGGUGGCAUUUCACAACAUUUUAACAGAAAUCUACCACAUUGUAUCCCAAAAACAAAUUCAUGAUUCACCUGGUGGUGAUGGGAGCCAACCAAGUAAUAAUGUGCAGCCCAUUAUCGUACAUCCAACGAAUGAAGAUGCUCAGAAAAAGAAAGUUCAAUGUUGUAAUGCUUAGUCAAGAAGAAACCUGAGUUGACUACUGUUGUCCAAAUACUCAUUGGGCUUUAAGCCCUGCUCUUUACUUACAGCAUAACAAAACCUUUUCAAAGGUGUUUCGUACACAUGUAUUUCCAUAGUACAUUAAUUUUAGAAAUAAAUAGUCCAGGACAAGACUGAAGAAAUUAUCGUUUAAUUCUUGUUGAAAAGCUGGUUAAGGAAAGGUUACCUUCAAUGUAUAGCUUUAUUGUAUAUGUACUUUGACUGAUUUUAAUGGUGGCAAUAUGUUUCAAAAUUGAGGAAACUCUGAAAUUCUGUCUGUGUGUGUAAAUUAAUAUGCAAUUUAAAUUGGCAAAGUGCAUGGUAGUAUGGCUCAAGUCUUGUGCACAUUUAUUCUUUUUUUGUUUUCCAUGCAUUUCUAAUUCAUGAUAUUUUGUACAUGUUCUAAAGACUACACAUUUCAAAGCUGAUGAGUUUACCAUUUAUUGUUCUACUCCCUCUGACUAGUGUUAAUCAAAUGUCAGUGAAUGCAGGAUGGGUAAAUCCUCAACUUUAAUAUUUGAAUGGAGUAAAUUUCAUCUUCAAAGUAUACCUUCUUUAAGCAAAUAAAUUUCCUUUAAUGCAUAGGUAUAUGUAUGGACUUAAGCCUGUCAGAGAAUGAUCAUAAAUUUCAUAUUCAUCA